UUCUUCUCUUGUAGUCCAGUCCGUACGGCCAUGGCUGCCGAGCAAAACUCUGCGUCGAAGAAGAGAGCGAAGAGGAAGCGAAUCCAACAACACGACGCCAAACUCGAACGACUCGACUCGCUGCCAUGGAGCUCCUCUCUCUCCGGCGACGACCCCUUCUCUUUCCUCGUCGGCUCCAACGAGCUCGAAGGAGGAUUUCUUUCGCUUGAAGAGAUUGAUCAAGCCGAAUAUGAUUUGGAAAUUCCUAAACCUGAAAGAGAAACUGGGAAGACAAAGUCUAAGCCAACUAAACAAUCUGAGAAACAAAAGGAUAGUGGUGGUGAUGAGGUUGAGGCUGAAGAUGAAAUGAAAUUGUUGGAAAGUAAUGAGAAUGUAAAGGCUGAAAAGAAAAAGAAGAGGAAGAAGAAGAGAAAUAAGGGAAAGAAAGUGCAGAGAGUUGAGGGUGUUGAUGGGAAUGGUGGUGAUGGGGUUGAGACUGAGGGUGACGAGAAAAAAGAGGAUGGGGAUGUGACGGCUGAACAGGAGAAUAAGAAGACGAAGGGGGAGAAGAAAGUGAAGGAAACUCGGGAAAAUGAAGAAUCCACGGCCGUAAGUAAUGGCAACGAUGAUGUUGAAGAACAACCUAUUGAUGAAGAUGAAUAUUAUGCAUGGAAUGAGCUGAGACUCCACCCUCUGAUUAUGAAAUCCAUAUACAGGCUUGGGUUCAAGGAGCCAACACCGAUACAAAAAGCUUGUAUUCCUGCUGCUGCUCAUCAGGGGAAGGAUGUUGUUGGUGCUGCGGAGACGGGGUCUGGGAAGACACUGGCUUUUGGUUUGCCCAUUUUUCAGCGCCUCUUGGAGGAACAAGAAAAGGCAUCAAAGAUGCUUGAAGAAAGGGGUGAGGAACCAGAAAAGUUUGCUCCAAAAGGAAUUUUACGGGUUCUCAUCAUUACUCCUACAAGAGAACUUGCACUUCAGGUAACUGAUCAUCUCAAGGCAGCUGGAAAGGAUACCAAUGUUAGAGUUGUUCCAAUUGUUGGAGGGAUGUCAACGGAAAAGCAGGCAAGACUUCUAAAAACAAGGCCUGAGAUUAUUGUUGGAACUCCUGGUAGACUUUGGGAACUUAUGUCUGGAGGAGAAAAGCAUCUUGUUGAGUUACAUUCAUUGUCUUUCUUUGUUCUGGAUGAGGCUGAUCGUAUGAUAGAGAAUGGACAUUUUCAUGAAUUGCAGUCAAUAAUUGACAUGCUUCCUCUGACCAAUGGUCCUACUGAAGGACAUCCACAAAAUACACAAACUUGUGUUACAGUUUCAAGCGCCCAGAGAAAGAGAAGACAAACGUUUGUUUUUUCCGCCACAAUAGCACUCUCUGCUGAUUUUAGGAAGAAGCUGAAGCGUGGUGCCCUGAGGCCGCACCAAUCAAUGUCCGAUGGUUUCAGUUCCAUAGAAAAACUCUCAGAACGAGCAGGGAUGAGAGAGAAUGUUGCCAUCAUUGAUUUGACGAAUGCAUCCAUUUUGGCAAAUAAGCUCGAGGAAUCAUUUAUAGAGUGCAGGGAGGAAGAUAAAGAUGCUUAUUUGUAUUAUAUUUUGAGUAUGCAUGGACAAGGCCGGACAAUAGUCUUCUGUACAUCAGUAGCGGCUCUGCGGCAUCUAUCUUCUGUCUUGCGCAUUCUUGGUAUCAAUGUUUGGACACUUCAUGCCCAGAUGCAGCAGCGAGCCAGACUCAAGGCAAUUGAUCGUUUUCGGGGAAAUGAACACGGCAUACUUCUUGCAACUGAUGUUGCAGCCAGAGGCAUAGAUAUUCCUGGUGUGAGAACUGUUGUUCACUAUCAGCUACCGCAUUCAGCAGAAGUUUAUAUUCAUAGAAGUGGGAGAACUGCCAGAGCUUCUGCUGAUGGGUGCAGCAUUGCACUAAUUGCGCCCAAAGAAACGUCAAAAUUUGCUUCUUUGUGCAAGUCAUUUUCUAAAGUAAGUUUUCAGCGUUUUCCUUUAGAUAAUUCAUACCUUCCAGAGGUCAUGAAACGUUUAUCUCUUGCGCGACAAAUAGACCAGGUUACGCGGAAGGACUCCAAGGAAAAGGCAAAGAAAAGCUGGUUUGAACGAAAUGCAGAAUUGAUUGACUUAGAUAUGGACAAUGAUGAGAGUGAAGACGAAAGAGUGAACAAUUAUAAGCAAAAGAAAGCCACCUCCACAAAUCUAAAGAAGUUGCAACAGGGGCUAAACGAACUGCUUUCACAUCCACUACAACCAAAGUCUUUUUCACACCGCUAUUUGGCAGGGGCAGGUGUUUCACCUCUCUUGCAACAUCAAUUUCAAGAAUUAGCCAAGCAAAAUUUGGGUGAUGUCCGGGAUUCAGGAGAUAACAAAAGAAGGAAAUUGGUCGUUAUAGGUCAGGAUUGUGUGGAACCACUCCAGGCACUUCGGACCGCUGGUCAAGAGGUGCACGUGGAUGUUAAAGAGACGGCCCAGAAACGAAAAAAUAUGGAGAAUCUGAGGAAAAAAAGAAAAGAAGAGAAGAAACGUUUGCGAGAUCAACGGAGAAAGCAGAGGAAAAAGCUUAAAGCAGGACAAUAACAAGCUUUUAUGCUUCAAACUUAAAUAGAGAAUUACUUGAAAGAAAAUACAUCAUGCAUGCAAUUGAUUUCCACAAAUUUUCAUGUAAUUCAGUAGACGUAUAAGGGUCGUUUAGGAGUGAAUUCAUUGGAAAAUAUAACACCGUUGUGUAUAUUUUGUAAGUUAUCAAUUUUGAUUCUCAGAUUUUGAGCUUUUUAAGCAAGGUGGGAACCGUUAUGUUAGAUUUUAAUUCUCGGAACAUUUCAUUCUAGAACGAGAAUUUAAUUCAAGGGAAAAUUCUCUGUUGAUGCUAACUGUUUGAUGUGGAAGGUUCGACUUUAAAGCCUUGAUUACACAGGCUUACAAUUAGCCUCUUCAUAAAUGCAUUCCCUUAUUUCAG